AUCAGUACUUAUGAAAAUGAAGAUAUUACUCAAAAAGACGUACUGAACUCUAUUUCCAAAGUUUCUGAUACCUUCAGAAAAACCAAAUUCCCAGUAUAUUAUGAGAAACUCAAGUCAAUAUGGCAUACUCGAGAUGCUGAGGCGAAUUAUUAUAUUAUUAAUAUGGGAGAUAAGGAAACACUAAAUCAGAUUUACAAACUUUUGAGCGAUAAUGAAUUGAAUUUUUUGUUUGAAAGGUUAAGUUUGACGGAUGAAAAUGAAUGUAUAAGUUCAGAGGCGAGUAUGCAUAUGACACUGUUUGAUGAGAUCAUUAAGAAAGAUAAUUAUGAUGACGGUGAUAUAGAAGGUGAGAAUAAUGACAUAACUGAUGAAAGAAACAGCGAAGAGAGCCAUUGGGAAAAGCAAAUUCCGUUAUUUUUGCUUGAGGUGUCAGAAGAUCCCAAUAAUCCCGACCUAGAUAAAAUUAACGGAGAUAGAAAGAAGCUGAUGAAUGAGGGUGUUUUUGCUCUUAAUAAAUUUAUGAUGAGUAUCGAAUUACCACCAUUCCAACUUCCAAUAUCAACCUAG